AUGGAAGCCGACAUCGUCAAAAUCACAACUAUAAUCCAGGUACCAUCCGGAGAAUCUGUAUACGAACAGGUUAUCGCAAUUUCCGUGCCCGCAAGCAACAAAACAGAUGCUGAGGCAAAAUCUGAAGGCCAAAAGAUGCUCUCGGAAAUUGCAUUCGAUAAUGAUUUUCAUAGGAAGCUCACCGAACGAGCUUACCCCACCAGAGGUGGUGGAAAUAAGAAGGCAGCUGCGCAAGCUACCGGUGAUAAUACGCCGGACAAGAUGGAACUUAAGGUUGGUAAAAUCAUGGAGGCGAAUAUACAUCCCGACGCCGAUACGCUUUGCAUCUUGAGUGUGGAUAUAGGCAGCGACACGAAGAAAUCGAUCGUUAGCAAUUUAAUGGCUUACUACGGGUUGGAGGAUCUGAGAAGUCGCACCGUGGUGACACUCACCAACAUGAAAUCAUCCAAAAUAAGGGGCGUGGAAAGUGAGGGUCUUGUGCUGUGCGCCUUCAACCAGGACAAGUACGAACCACUGAUCGUUCCGGAGAGUGCAAAGAUUGGUGAACGGAUUAUCGCGGAAGGAUUCAAUAAUACUAAAGCCGAGGUUGCACAAUUGAAUCCAAAAAAGAAGGUCUGGGAAAAAAUCCAAGCAGAACUAAAAACCAACUCGGACGGAGAUGCGUUGUGGAAGGAUUUCUCCCUGCUAACAAUGAAUGGCGAUAAGAUAACCAGUUCACUUAAAGAGUGCAACAUAAAGUGA